AUGCUACCAACAGUUGACGAAGAGCUCGAUCGUCUGGAACGGUUGAAUAUUAUUUCACCUGUAAAUUACUCCGAGUGGGCGGCUCCAAUAGUGGUUGUUAGGAAGGCGAACGGCAGCAUACGCAUUUGUGGGGACUACUCCACUGGGCUGAACGAGCGGCUCCAAUCUCAUCAAUAUCCGCUCUCGCUUCCACAGGACAUUUUCUCCAAACUGGCCGGUUGCAUCGUGUUCAGCACAAUCGAUUUGUCUGAUGCUUUCCUACAGAUGGAAGUCGAUGAGAGUUCACGCCGUAUGCUCACAAUAAACACGCACCGGGGGUUGUAUGAAUACAACAGAUUACCACCCGGAGUGAAGGCAGCACCAGGGGCAGAUGAUUGA